AUGGAAUAUUAUUGCAAAAAGUCAUGGCAGAGUGGUCAUUUCAUCGGGAGAGUCAAGAGCCACGAUGAGCUCAUCGAAAACGCUCGCAAACUCAUACAAGACUUUCAAAAUGCCCGUUCAGAGAUUGGCGACGACUUUCCAUCUCUCGUCGAAACCGCCAUUGAACUCGAAGAACUCGAUAAGUCGGUCGCUCUCAUCCAACAAGAGGAGUCGCUUCGCACCGCAGCAGUGAUUAGAGAGAUAAAGGGCACUAUCAGGAGUGUCCACUAUCAAAGUUGGGAAGCAGUCCGAGUAGUCGGGAAGAAAAGGAAGGCUGUAGAGAAGAAUGGGCCGGACGCCAUGGUUCCAAAGAGAUAUAUCCAUUCAUUCAGACCCAUGCCCAAGUGGGUUAUUAGGACUAGAGAUAACCUUGAUAAUGCUAUCUUGUGCGCGCAGGUUGGAAUCAUCGGCGACGAAAAGGAUGGAUUUUCAAUUCGGCCUGACAAAGUGUUUGAGAUUGAUGGAAAGGUCAAGGAUGUUCUUGGUAUCCAUAUGGUUCUUGCUUUGAGACUACAGGAUGAGCCUACUUGCAUCGAUCGCCGGAGCUUCUCUCCUGAUGACGAAUCCAAGAGUGAGGGGACUCGUCAGCAUGUUACCGCGAUCGAAGGGAUAGACAAGGAAACACACGAUGCAGAGGAGAGUCCCGUUUAUGAAAACAUCACCCUCGACCAGGCGCGUGUCAUGGCUGGUGAAGAUGGGGUGCAAGGUUGGACCGAAGCAGCGAGGUUACAACCUCAAAGAAUGAAACGCUAA